AGAGAGAGAGAGAGAGAGAGAGAGAGAGAGAGAGAGAGAGAGAGAGAGAGAGAGAGAGAGAGAGAGAGAGAGAGAGAGAGAGAGAGAGAGAGAGAGAGAGAGAGAGAGAGAGAGAGAGAGAGAGAGAGAGGAGAGGGAGGGAGAGAGAGAGGGAGAGAAUUGUCGUCAUUUUAGCCCCGACUGCUGCAGCAUCAGCAUCACCGGAAUGCAUCGCAGUGCGUUGACGUCCGCAGCGGGAGCAAUUGCCGUUAACGGGUGCCAUGGCCGAUUUGUUUCCAUCUAAACGGACUUGUUUGAUGUAGUUAAGUUAAUCCUUUCAUUAGACUCGUUGGUGACGAGACGGGAACCCCCUUUUCCCCAGGAGCCGCUCCAGAGAAGAAGCCAUGGAUUACCUUCAAAGACACACAACUUUUUUCCCCAUCGUAAUUUGGAUGAUGUGUGGUACCAACCGUGCUGUUCUGAACACGGUGCUUGAGGAGAACUUGGCCGAUUAUGUGUUUUCUCGUCAUUUGGAAUCGACCGCCAAAAGCCAACUUAAGUCAACCACCUCCUGUGAUUUUGAAUCACACUGCCAGUGGAGGGUUUCAAACCACAGCAGCCAAGACGACUGGCAGACCUCCUCCCCACAGCAGCCCAUAACCAUCACGCACGCUGGCACGAGGAGGCCCAUCGCAGACCACUCACUGGGGAGCUCUCAGGGUCACUUCCUGCUUCUAAGCCCCUCCUCCUCCACUGCUGAGGAUUCUGGGAGCUGUGUUUACCACCUGAGCAGCCAGGAACUGCCAGGCAGUGGUGAGCUGUGCAGUUUGCAGUUGGCGGUGUUUGAGUCGGGGCCGGUGGAGGGGAACCUCACCCUUCUGGUCCAACACACCACCUCCAGCACACCUGAUGUCUCCGUGGUUAUCAAGCAACCUGGUACCAGGGCUGCAUGGGAGGUUGUGGACGCUGCGAUUGGCCAGGUGGACGAGCCCUUCCAGGUGACUCUGCUCUACUCCGCCUGUCUGGACAGCGAGGCAGCGACUCUGGCCCUGGACUCUCUGGAGUUCGUCGACUGUGACACGGAGCCGCUCGGCCGGGACCUGGACUGUGACGGAGGGUUCCAGUGCGAGCUGGGGGGCUGCCUGGACCAGAGCCUGGUGUGCGACUUCCACAGCGACUGUCCCCUAGGGGAAGACGAGGGCUUCAUCUGUGACGCUCUGCCGUCGGGCUCCCAUUGUUCCUUCGAGCGAGACGCGUGUGGCUGGUCCGUGUCCACACAGCCCACCUCGUGGAGGAGGCUCACAGGUCAGCAGAUGAUGGAGACCGGGGUGGACCCACAGGGGGAUGGACUGAGGAGAACACCAGGCCACUUCCUGUUCCUGAGGGUCCAAGAGGGAGCCUCCUCCCGGGGUGCGUCUGUCCAGAGCCCCACUCUACCUCCGCCUGUGUCUGCUAAUACCUGUCAGCUGCGGUUCUCCGUGUACAUGUUUGGCCAGUUCAACGGCACGCUGGCCGUCUCCGUGGAAACCAACGGCAGCGGCGGCCCCCCCCCGCUGUGGGAGCGGUACAACCAGGGGGCCGAAGACUGGCAGGACGUCUCCCUGGACCUCACGGGCCUCCGUCACCAGUUCUCCGUCCGGCUGUCGGCCACGUGGGAGCCAGGCUCCGCCGCGGACCUGGCUCUGGAUGACAUCACGCUCGGCGCCGCCUGCUUUGAGUCAGAUCCCUCUGAUCUGUUGCUGCUCGACCACUCGUUCUUCCAUGACCUUGAGGACUCCGACGGUCUCUUUGGCCCGCUCCAGGAGCCCUCUCCCUCAGAGGUCUCCCUGAUGACGUGGUGGUUCACGUCGUGCGGGGCCAGCGGCCCCCGGGGGCCCACCCAGGCCCAGUGUGACAGCGCGUACCGCAACACCAACGUCAGCGUGACGGUGGGGAGGGACGGCUCGGUGAAGGGGGUCCAGUCCUGGAGGGUCCCGGCCACCAACAGAUACAUGUUCUCUGCUUACGGGGCCGCCGGGGGGAAAGGGGCCAAGAACCACAACAAGCGCUCCCACGGCGUCUUCAUCUCGGCCAUCUUCCCGCUGGAGAAGGGAGAGCUGCUCUACAUCCUGGUGGGCCACCAGGGGGAGGACGCCUGUCCCGGGGUGAGGAGGGGGGGAGACACGGGGGGGGAGGACGCCUGUCCCGGGGUGAAGAGGGGGGAGACACGGGGGGGAGGACGCCUGUCCCGGGGUGAGGAGGGGGGGAGACACGGGGGGGAGGACGGGUUAUACAGGGUAGACGAGGGGGAACUCGUCCCCCUCCUGGUGGCGGCCGGCGGGGGCGGGAAGGCCUACCUUGAGGACCCCGAGUCCUGCCAGGACCAGGUCCCCCUGGAGAAGUACGAGAAGGACACGCUGGCCCCCAGCACUAACGGGGUCACCGGCGCCGCAGGUGGCGGCGGAGGCUGGCGGGACAGCCCGCGUCUGCACCCCUGGGCGGGGCGGAGCCUGGCGGAGGGUGCGGAGGGGGGGGCGCCCUGCCUGGCGCUGGCCAAGCUCAGCUGGUCCACCUUCGGGGGCUUCGGAGGCGGGGGCGGGGCCUGCACCGCUGGGGGGGGGGCCGGAGGAUACAGAGGUAAGGGGCGUCCGCUGACUGAUGACAUCACAGCCGACGGUGAGGACGGCGUGUCCUUCGUCCACCCGAUGGGAGAGAUAUUCCUGCACCCUCUGGCAGUGAUGGAGAGCCACGGGGAGUUAGAGAUCAAGGUGCAGCUGAACUGCAGUCAUUGCGAGACUCAGAGCUGCCGGCGCGACGAGGACACCAGCCUGCUGCUCUGCCUCUGCCACAACCAGAGUCUGGCCGGGGACAACGUCACCUGCACAGUGGCCCUCCAGCCCGCGGCCCCUGAGAGCCAGCUGUCUCUGUCCCUGGUGCUGGCGGUGGUGGCCUCCACCCUGGUGUCGGGCGUGGUCCUCACCUGCGCCUCCCUGACCCUCAUGUACUACCGCAGGAAGAAGCAGCUCCACGCGGCCCGGCUGGGGCUGCAGAGCCCGGAGUACAAGCUGAGCAAGAUCCGCUCCUCCACCAUCAUGACCGACUACAACCCCAACUACUGCUUCGCCGGCAAGGCGGCCUCGCUCAGCGAGCUGAAGGAGGUCCCCCGCCGGAACAUCACGCUGCUCAGGGCGCUGGGUCACGGGGCCUUUGGGGAGGUCUACGAGGGCCAGGUCCUGGGGAUGUCCGGGGACAAGAGAGCCAUGCAUGUAGCCAUUAAGACACUUCCUGAACUCUGCUCGGAGCAGGAUGAGAUGGAUUUCCUGAUGGAGGCUUUGAUUAUGAGUAAGUUCAGCCACCAGAACAUCGUGCGCUGCAUCGGAGUGAGUCUUCACAUCCUGCCUCGUUUCAUCCUGCUGGAGCUCAUGACCGGAGGAGACCUCAAGAGCUUCCUGAGAACCAACAGACCCCGGGCUGGCCAGACCUCCUCCCUGUCCAUGCUGGAGCUGCUCCACAUGGCCAGAGACAUCGCCUACGGCUGUCGCUACCUGGAGGAGAACCACUUCAUCCACAGGGACAUCGCGGCCAGGAACUGCCUGCUGUCCUGCACGGGGCCCGACCGCGUGGCCAAGAUAGGAGACUUCGGCAUGGCUCGGGACAUCUACAGAGCCAGCUAUUACAGGAAGGGGGGUCGCGCCAUGCUCCCUGUGAAGUGGAUGCCCCCGGAGGCGUUCAUGGAAGGCGUCUUCACCUGCAAGACGGACACUUGGUCGUUCGGAGUACUGCUGUGGGAAAUCCUGUCCCUGGGUUACAUGCCGUAUCCCUGUAAGACCAACCAGGAGGUGCUGGAGUUUGUAACCAGUGGGGGGAGGAUGGACCCCCCGAAGGCCUGCCCAGGGCCUGUCUACCGCAUCAUGACCCAGUGUUGGCAGCACACUCCGGAUCACAGACCCAACUUCACCAGCAUCCUGGAGAGAGUCAAGUACUGCACACAGGACCCAGACGUGAUCAACACCCCCCUGCCGGUGGAGUACACCCCCAACAGGGGGGACGACGGGGAUAUGGCCACCCGUCCUGCGGACCACACCUCCAGCAGACUCCCCCCACUGCUGGCCCCCAAGGAAGAGCCCUCCCUGGCCCUCGGCCAAUCCUCCACCCGAGCAGGGGUCCAGUCCUCCGCCCCCCUCCCCCAACACCUCUCCAAACCCCGCCUGCACCUGCCUCCGCCCGGCCAGCCGCCCCCCCAGGAGGCCCCGGAGCCCUCCUGGGGCCCCCGCUCAGCCAGCCCCGCCCCGGGUCAGCCCUCGUCCGGGGCGGCGGGGCCGUGCACCGCGGGCUCCUGGCUCCACCCUGAGGCCCCCCUCCACCUGCACCACCAGCCCUGCUCCAGGACCAGCUCGUCCUCCAGCAGCCAGAAGCUGAAGAACAAGACCAAGAACCUGUGGAACCCCACCUACGGGUCCUGGGUGCUGGAGAGCUUCGGCCGGGGCCGGAAGACCCUGGCCCACACGCAGUCCAUGCCUCUCUCCGGCUCCCCGCCCCCCACCGCCACCUCCACCAGCCCCGGCACCACCCAGGGGUCCUGCAACCCCGCCUCGGAUCACACCGCGCCCGGGGGGGACGCCUCCGCCUGCACUUCCUCCUCCGCCUCCGCCACUUCCUGCCUGGCCCUGGGGCCCGCCCCCGGCCCGGCCUCACAUAAGAGCCCCCACAUCGGGGGUGCUGCUGCCACGGGGGUUCCGGCCUCCAGGGUAGUCCCGCCCCCCAGAUUAGACCCCGCCCCCAGGGUAGACCUGGCCCCUAGGCUGGACCCUAUCCCUAGGAUAGACCCCGCCCCCAGGGUAGACCCCGCCCCCUGGAUAGACCUGGCCAAGCUGCGGAGCUUCACCUGCGGGAACGUGAACUACGCCUACGAGGAGCAGUGCUACGGGGCGGAGAGCCUGCCCGCGGCCGCGCCCAAAGCCCCGGUGGGCCCCGGGGCCCGCUCCGCCCCCGUCUUCUCCUCCUCCUCCUCCUGCUCCUCCUUCUCCUUCUCCUCCUCGGUCCCCAAGCUGCUGCUGAAGCGCCACGCCAGCUACGGACACGAGGACGUGAAGCGGCACGGCAAGGCGGAGAAGACCAUCCGGGACCGGGACUCCGGCUUCUCCUUGUCGGAGGACCUCAGCGUCACCCCGGUCUAGAGGGGGCCUGGUCUAAAGGGGGUCCCGGGCUAGAGGGGGGUCCCGUUCUAGAGGUGGGUCCCAUUCUAGAGGGGGGUCCCGUUCUAGAGGGGGGUCCCGGUCUAGAGGGGUUCCCGUUCUAGAGGGGGUCCCGUUCUAGAGGGGG